CUCGGCCCAGGUGCGCGACGGCGCUUCGCGGAGGCAGGAAGUGUGUCCCUAGCGGCGGCCCGUGCAGCGCUCCCGCGAGUCGCUUACCUGCGCCCCAGGUGAGCGGCGAGGGGGCGGGGGAGAGGCUGAACCGGAGGCGGCUCACCUGGCGGGACAGGGACUGGCUUUGUCGCCCAGGCUGGAGUACAGUGGCACAAUCUCAGCUCUCUGCAACCUCCACCUCCGAGGCUCACGUGGUCCUUCCACCUCAGUCCCUCAGGUAACAGGUGCCUGGCUGCUGCAAACCAUGCAAUGAGCCAUGCCCCGCCCUGGACACCCCCGCCCAGCAUCUGGGCCUCCACGCUUGGGACCCUGGGAGCAGCCAACAGAGCUAUGUCUGGAGACACAUGAUAAACCACCUCAGCCCCCACCAAGCCGCCGUACCCGUAGACCAGACCCCAAGGACCCUGGUCACCAUGGGCCAGAGAGCAUUACCUUCAUCUCUGGCUCUGCUGAGUCAGCCACUGAGUCCCCUGCCUGCUGCCUGCUCUGGAGACCCUGGGUAUGGGAGUGGUGUCGGGCUGCCUUCUGCUUCCGCCGCUGCCGGGAUUGUCUCCAGCGCUGUGGAGCCUGUGUGCGGGGCUGCAGCCUCUGCCUGUCUUCUCGGGACUCCCCUGAGGGGACUGCUGAAGCCAACUGGGUCAAGGAGCACAAUGGAGUGCCCCCCAGCCCUGACCGUGCACCUCCCAGCCGGCGGGAUGACAAGCGGCUCAAGUCAACUGUGGGCAGCAGCUUCAGCUACCCCGACGUUAAGCUUAAAGGCAUCCCUGUGUACCCCUAUCCCAGGGCCACCUCCCCAGCCCCUGAUGCGGACUCCUGCUGCAAGGAGCCACUGGCCGAUCCCCCACCCAUGCGACACAGUCUGCCUAGCACCCUCGCCAGCAGUCCUCGUGGCUCCGAGGAGUACUACUCCUUUCAUGAGUCAGACCUGGACCUGCCGGAGAUGGGCAGUGGCUCCAUGUCAAGCCGAGAGAUCGAUGUGCUCAUCUUCAAGAAGCUGACAGAGCUGUUCAGCGUACACCAGAUUGAUGAGCUGGCCAAGUGCACGUCAGACACUGUGUUCCUGGAGAAGACCAGUAAGAUCUCGGACCUUAUCAGCAGCAUCACGCAGGACUACCACCUGGACGAGCAGGAUGCUGAGGGCCGCCUGGUACGUGGCAUCAUUCGCAUCAGUACCCGAAAGAGCCGUGCUCGCCCACAGACCUUGGAGGGGCGUUCAACUCGGGCUGCUGCCCCCACUGCUGCUGCACCUGACAGUGGCCAUGAGACCAUGGUGGGCUCAGGUCUCAGCCAGGAUGAGCUGACAGUACAGAUCUCCCAGGAGACAACUGCAGAUGCCAUUGCCCGGAAGCUGAGGCCUUAUGGAGUUACAGGGUACCCAGCCAGCCAUGACUCAUCCUUCCAGGGCACUGACACAGACUCGUCGGGGGCACCCCUGCUCCAGGUGUACUGCUAACCCCCACCAGGCCCAGCUGUCACACCCUUUCUGGGAGAAGCACAGCCUACAGAAUGAAGAGUGGGACCAGGAACCCCUGUGGGAGAGGCUGGGCCUUAGACCUGAAGCAGUGCCCACUCUGGUUCCUCCUGCCUUGGCUGACUGGGUUCCUGGACCAUGUGCAUUUCACUGGGCCAUGGAGUCUGCGUCCCCUUGCAUCCCCAGCUGGUCUGAUCCCCGCCUGGGCCUCUUCCUUCCUGCUCAUGGUCUUCAGGUGGCCUGAUCAUGGAAAGUAAGGACUUACCUUCUGGGAGUGAAUCCUGACUCCAUCCUCAUAAUAUUGCCACCCUAACCAAUCAUGCAAACUUCUCCUUCCCUGGGGGAAUUUAACAGCUCAAAGUUUAUCUUAAAUGUAUUGUAUUGGGGGGUGGGCAGGGCCCACUCUAUGUUACGUUAAGCAAUUGGUUCUGGUUCAUGGUUGAUGUUCCGUAUGUUAACACAACCAUAGUUUGUAAGUACAAAGGCAAUUGGCAUCUGUCUGCUUA